AUGAGGCCACAUGAUGACAAUGAGAGGCCCCCCAUCAUUUUCAACGACUACAUGAACUGUCUCAUGGGUGACUCAAAUGAGGAAAAUGUAGCUGCGCUUCUCGAACCCGUGGCCAAGACGGGAGCCGAAUACUUCGUUACUGAUGCUGGAUGGUACGCAGAUGAUAGUACUUGGUGGGACGAUGUGGGUCUGUGGGAGCCGUCACAAAAGCGUUUCCCGUCCGGUUUCAAUGUCCUUCUGGACAAGAUCAGGAGCAAGGGGCUUAUCCCUGGCUUGUGGUUGGAGCCGGAAGUUGGCGGCGUGCGGAGUAUAGUGGCCAGUCGACUCCCCAAGGAAGCCUUGUUCCAAUGGUGUGGCCGGCGCAUUGUCGGAAAAGACACAUUCCAGCUCGACCAUCGUCACCUGAAGUUCGACUACAACAUUGAGGUCACACAAUACACAGGUAUCGACGGAUCAUUUUCUGCUGGGGCUGCACAUCUCGAACAUCAGCGGGCGUACCUCGUCUGGCAGAUGGACCACUCCAUGCUAUCGGUCCAUUCGUUACAAUCAACAAGUGAUCAGCAAGAUCCAGCGCUUUAUGCGGCCAUUGCUGCGGCACUGCCAACAGCUGUUGUCCUAGAGCAAAGCGCAACCUGGGCUUAUCCCCAGCCUGGAUGGAGCGACGAGCUCAAUACAUUUACUGUUGUCAAUAGUCUGCUGAGGCGUGUCUACCUCAGUGGCCGGUUGGAUAAACUCAGUCCGGAUCAGCUCAGACUUGUGGUGGAAGGCAUGAACGUAUAUAAGAGGAUACGGUUGCACUUGAAGUCCACACAUCCAAUUUGGCCGCUUGGGUUUCCUCAAUGGCACGAUGACAGGUUGGCUCUCGCCUUAAUCACACAGGACAACGGUAUCUAUUUUGCUGUGUGGCGGACAGGCGGUACGACAGACAAGGACUUGCCAGUGAAGUUAGCCGAGGGCCAGGCUUUAACGACAGCAAAGAUGCUAUACCCGACCCGCCCUAACACUAAGGCAAUGUGUAAUACAACAUCAGGAGUAUUGAGCUUGAAACCCCCCAACACAGUCUGUGCUCGCCUUUUCCACGUUAUCUAA